UAUAAAUCCACCCUAUAUUGCGAGGGCAGGAUGUAAGUUAUACUGCAUCAUAUCUUCUUUCUUCCUUAAGCUUAAACUCUCGCUUGACACAUCAAUACACACGCUCUAGGAGUUCGAAACCGCCAAGAGAACACCAUGACCAUGGCCGAGAUGGAAGUCGAAGUCGUCUCCAGAGACACCAUCAAGCCCUCGUCUCCAACUCCGGACCAUCUCCGCCAUUACAAACUCUCCUUCCUCGACCAGAUACAGGUCCCCGUGUUCAUGCCCUUGGUCAUCUUCUUCCCGAGGGAUGACGGCGUGUCACUCGAUGAGAAAUGUAGCCGCAUCAAGCGGUCUCUGGCCGACGCCCUGGCCAAGUUCUACCCUCUCGCAGGUCGGGUCAGAGACAACCUCUACGUCGACUGUAACGACGAGGGCGCUUUGUACGUGGAGGCUCGGGUCAGGUGCAAGCUCUCGGAUAUCCUCGAGAACCCAGUCCCUCGGGUGUUGAACAGGUUCUUGCCCCGUGAGCUCGACGAUGUGCAGGACUUGGCUGUGGCUGUCCAGGUCAACUUCUUGGAGUGCGGUGGCUUAGCCCUCAGCCUCUUGAUCUCCCACAAGGUCGCGGACGCCCUCUCCUUCUUCACUUUCCUCAACGCCUGGGCCGUCUCCGCCCGUGGCGACCCCAACAUCAUCGAUCCUUGCUUCAACUCCUCCGAGCUCUUCCCCCCGAUCAACCUCUCCGGCUUCCAGGCAUCCACUGGCAUUGUCAAGGACAACAUCUCCACCAGGCGCUUCAUCUUCGACGCCGCCACCAUCGCCUCGAUCCGCGAGCAGUUCGCCGACCUGAACACUGUUGCUGCCACCACCGACCACCCGCGCCGCCGCCCGACUCGUAUCGAAGCCCUUUCGUCCUUCCUCUGGAGCCGCUACAUGGCGAGCACGCAGCCCAUCGAUGCCAGAGGGGACAAGAUCUACACUGUGCUCCACGCCGUGAAUCUUCGGACGAGGACAGAGCCGCCGAUGUCAGAGCGCCACUUCGGCAACAUCAGUAGGUUGGCAAUCACGGUACCAACUGUGGACGCCGGCACCGACGGAGGCCACAAGAUAGUCGAUCAGGUUAGAGACGCGAUCAAGCAGGUGAAUGGGGAGUACGUUAGGAAGCUCCGGGAAGGGGAGGGCCACCUGAACUCACUGAAGGAGCAGGCGGCAAGGUUCUCCCGAGGUGAGUUGGUUUCGUUCAGCUUCACAAGCCUGUGCCGGUUCCCGAUCUACGAGGCGGACUUUGGGUGGGGGAAGCCUGCCUGGGUUGGCUCGGCGAGCCUCACCUUCAAGAACCUGAUCGUCUUCAUGGACACCAAGACCGGCGACGGCAUCGAGGCCUGGGUCAACCUUAAGGAGGAGGACAUGGCCAAGUUCGAGCAAGAUAAGGAGUUGCUCGCGAUCGUUUCGCCUUCCGUGAGUGUCAACAGCUGUGCGUUUUAGUUGGUGAAGUUGGCCAAAAAGGGUGGCCUUAUUUAGUCUAUUUCUCUUAAUUAUGUUAUAACUACGGACGUUGUUUCUCCUGGGAUUUUUCUUUUUUCGGGCUUUCUUUGUGAAUAUUUUGGUGUGUAUGCAAUAAUAAACCUUGAAAUGCAACUGUAGAUCUGAGGAAACGGAACGGAGAAAGAAAGUAUACAGAAUAAACUUGUGACCUCUUCAAA